AUGGGUUCAGAUUCUACCGGUACUGAGCCGCGUCAAUGGGGUGGCGGGGCCCGCUCCGCUCCGCUCCGCGGGUCCGGGUCCGGGUCCGCGGGGCCCCACACGUUGGUUGGGGGGAGCGGGAAGGGCGCCAGCAAGAAUGAGGAUCAGUUUCUUCAUGAUGAAGUUACAUCUUCUGUCUCACAACUUGCAACAAAGGUCCAGGGUGCAAGUUUUCGGGGUUGGAAAGAAGUGACCUCCCUUUUCAAUAAAGAUGACGAACAACAAUUGCUAGCAGGAUGCAAAUCUCCAAAAUCUAAAGGAACUAAUCUAAAAUUAAAAGAAGAUGUGAAGUCAGAAAAGAAAUCUGGAUUUUGGGACAGUUUGGUGAUAAAACAGAACAUCCAGUCCAGAAAACCAGAUGAAAUUGAAGGCUGGGAACCACCACAGAUCACUGCUGGAGAGCCCGUCAGUGAUGCAGCAGAUACUUUAAGUGACUAUACAUCCUGGUCAGGCUGGGAAGAUGAGACCAAAGGCUCCACAAAAUAUACAAACCUGGCUAGCUCAGGAAACAGUUCCAGGUGGAGUAUCAAAUCAGCUGGAAAGCUGGUUAGUAUUAGACGACAAAGCAAAGGUAACCUUACUGAUAACUGGGAAGAACUAGAAUGACAUUUAUAACAUGAAAUAAUAAAUAAGAGUAGAAAGUUUCCAUGAUUUACAUGUAUAUUUAAACCAAAAUCAAACUUGCUCUAUAUUGCACCUUUAUACAAUACCUUGUUUUAUUCAGAUUGUUACAAAUUUUUGCUCACCUCUUAGUGAACUUUCUUAUUACAUUGUUGGAUAGUUGCAUUUUCCACACUGAAAAGAGUAGAGAAUCUAUUUUGUGCCUAUAUUUCACAUUCAGACUCUGCAGUACGUUGGGUUGUUAGUUUACCAAAAAAAUAAUUCUUUGAUGAAUGUAUACACUGGUUGUAAAUUUGACUGCCUUACGUAGGAACUUCCACUAGCCUAAGAUCCUGGGUUUUCUGAUACUUGAGGAUCGUGUUAAGAAGGUUUUAUUUUUGAUGCUGUCCCUUUAAAUAGCAGUGCUGAUUUGCAGCUUGCCACAAAUUGCUUACACUUGGUAUACUACUUUUUUAGAUUUUUAGUGUGAGCAUAUGCUUCAAGCUUGUGGACUCCCAAGAUGCUCGAUCAUUACAAUGGUCUACUGUAGAGUACAUGAUAUGGGAGAAUAUCACAUUCAUGUAAAAUCUCUUCUUUCAUUACCAGAACUUCACAGUCAGACCAAAAUGGGUCUUCCAAAGUUUAUGCCGAAUGUUGUUUAACAUGUAUAAAAAGGUUCGGUUUUAAAAAGAAAAGAAAAAUGCCAUGUUAAAAUACAAGUAAUUAUUAAAUAUCAGGAAAGCAGAGGUUACAGUUGAAUGUAAAGAGGAAUCCAGUGCUCAGAAUCCUUAUCCCUCAAUUCGUUAUAUUACUUCUCAUGGAGGAGCAAUUGUUGCUGUUUCUGUUCAAGCUGGUUCAUUUCUACUUCAGUUUAAUCCUGAUCCUAUGUUCAUUGUUUUUCUUAAACACAGAUUUGAUGGUUGCUUUUGAUAUUGUCAGGGUAACAGAAAUUGCAAAUAUGUGCAUGCCCACACUUCUGAAACUGUUUAUUACAGGAGUACCUGAUUAGCUAUUGAUUCUUAUUUUUAGUAAAAAGGAAUCAGAUGUUAAACUUUACACAAGAUAUUUGUGAUGGUAUGUAAAACACUAGAAAUGCCUCUUCUUGGCAUACUGUUAUUGGAAAUGAGCAAUGUGCCCAGUAUUGGAUAUAAAACUAUUUUCCAUUAUAUUUAUACGUAGAUGUAUGAGUAUGGUAUUAAUGCCAAUGUAGGGGAUGGGGAGCCUACUGUUUCAUGUCAUACUGACAUGGGGAUUCUUUUUUGAUCCCAACUGUGCAACUGGAAUGACAGAGCCAGAAGCUGGCUUACUGUCUCUGCUGCUGGUCUUCUAUGCUGAUCCUUAAAUUUAAGCCAGACAGCAUAGGAUCAAAUGACAGUUUCAAACAAAAUCAAAACCUUUAAGAAAUUAAAAUGCAUUGUUAUUAUGCAAGGGAUAUCUUGUAUAAGUAUUUUCAUACAAAGGCUUUCCCAAGGAAAAGGGAUGCAGAUUUACUUUUAUUGUUGUCCUUCCACUACCAUGUUACUCCCUUUUCACCCUUCCAUCCAUACAUUACAUAUGCAUAUGUCCUUUUGGUUUACACUUUCUAAAUGAAUAUUCCUUUAAAUUUCCUAUCUAAAUGUGCCUGUGGGGAAACAGUGGGGUAAAGCAUGUCUCCCUUUUUUUUUUAAUUGGACUAUUAUGAUACGCUGUUUUUCAGAUUAUAUAAAGGAAUAUCAGUGCUUAGCUGCUGCAGAACAGGGUCUUGUAGCUUGCAAGUGCAUCAAUUAAAAAUAUAUAAGUAGAGAAGAGAGGAUUGGAGGUCUGUUAUGUUCAGGGAUCCUCGUUUUCUCUGAUUUUAAAAAAAUCCUCAAUUUCUGGUUUAAAAAAAAAGUAACCCCCAAACCA